AUGGAAAUUAACGGCUCUUUCGGCCUACGUGGAGCCGGAUUUCACACGCGGACGACCUCAGUUACACGUGGCGGCCGAAAUCAAAAGAAAAAGAAAAAUUUCCACAAUAUGGAGGAAAAAAUCAACCUUAAUGGAGGCUGUGAUUUUUUCUCUUGGGUCGACCCUCCUACCUGUGACCGGCCUGAAAAAAUCAUGCCUGGGUUAGUGAAGAAGAUGAAGGCACUGGAGAGAGCAAAUGAAAACUUCAAAUUUGAGAAUACCAAAUUGGAGGAGAAGGUUGAAAAACUGGAGGAGAAGAUUGAAAAAUUGCAGAAAAAGGUUGAAAAAUUGCAAGCAUUGAACAAGAGGUUGGUUGAAAAGAAAGAAAAAAUGGAGAUGAAAAUGGGGUUUGCAUUGGCUAUAGCAACUUUGUUGUGUGUAUUUUUGCUAUAUAGAAUUAGACUUGUCUCCCUUGAUUUUGGAAUACCCAUGAUA